CUCUUUUUCUCAUUGUUGCAAAACCCUUUCUUUCUUUUCCUUUGAAAAAUAAAGGGUUUUCACAAUGAGUGGUUACUCUUUCUUUCAAAGGUUCCCUAAGGUUUUUCAAACUCACCCCAUGCUCGGGAGAGUUCUUGUUGUCUGUGCCGUCACUGCCGUCAGUGGUGGAGGUCUUAUGGCAUUUUCUGAUGCUAGACAAAAAUCUAUGUAUGCUAAAUCAAUUCAAGGUGAAUUCAAGAAAAAGAAGGUGGUGGUAGUUGGAACUGGAUGGGCUGGCACCAGCUUUUUGAAAGAAUUGAAAAACCCCUCAUAUGAUGUUCAUGUGGUGUCACCUCGUAAUUAUUUUGCAUUCACUCCUUUGUUACCUAGUGUUACUUGUGGCACAGUGGAAGCACGCAGCAUUGUUGAACCCAUUCGCAGUAUUACCAAGAAGAAAAGCUAUGAUGUUCACUUCAAGGAAGCUAAAUGUUACAAGAUUGAUGCAGAGAAUAAGAAAGUUUAUUGUCAAUCUAGUCAAGACAAAAAUUUUGAUGGAAAAGAAGAAUUUGCUUUAGACUAUGACUACUUAGUGAUAGCCAUGGGAGCCCAAUCAAAUACAUUCAACACCCCCGGGGUUAUGGAGCAUGCCCACUUCUUGAAGGAAGUAGAUGAUGCUCUGGGAAUCCGUAAGACAGUGAUUGAUGCUUUUGAGAGGGCAAGCCUUCCUUCUAUAAGUGAAGAGGAGAAGAAAAGGAUUUUGCAUUUUGUAGUUGUUGGUGGUGGUCCAACUGGUGUGGAAUUUGCUGCAGAGCUUCAUGACUAUGUCUAUGAUGAUUUAGUCAAGUUAUACCCUCAAAGUAAAGACUAUGUGAAAAUCACCCUCAUUGAAGCUGGCAAUCAUAUUCUGAACAUGUUUGACAAGAGAAUUUCUGCAUUUGCUGAAGAAAAGUUUCAAAGAGAUGGUAUUAAUGUGAAAACAGGAUCAAUGGUCGUAAAAGUAUCCGAUAAAGAAAUAUCUACUAAAGUAAGAGCAACUGGCGAGGUUGUAAACAUACCUUAUGGAAUGGUUGUCUGGUCAACUGGUAUUGGGACUCGCCCUGAAAUAGCGGAUUUCAUGAAGCAAAUUGGUCAGACUAACAGACGUGUGUUAGCUACUGAUGAAUGGCUGAGGGUGGAAGGAUGUGAUAACGUAUAUGCCCUUGGGGAUUGUGCAACAGUAAACCAGCGCAGAGUCAUGGAAGAUAUUUCCGCCAUAUUCAGUAAAGCAGACAAGAAUAAAUCUGGUACUUUAAAUAUAAAGGACUUUCAUGAUGUUAUGGAUGACAUCCUGGAGAGGUACCCUCAAGUGAAGCUUUAUUUGAAGAAGAAAAAGAUGAAAAAUUUUGCUGCGUUGCUGAAGAAUACUCAAGAGAAUGACCAAAACAAGCCCAUUGAAAUUGAUAACGUUAAGACAGCUCUGACUGAAGUGGACUCUCAGAUGAAAAAUCUCCCUCCAACAGCUCAGGUUGCUUAUCAGCAAGGCCAAUACCUUGCAGACUGUUUCAAUCGCAUGGAACAGUGUGAGAAGAAUCCUGAAGGUCCUCUCAGGUUUAGGGAAUCUGGACGUCAUCGGUUUCAUCCCUUUAGGUAUAGGCACUUGGGGCAAUUUGCACCACUGGGAGGAGAACAAGCUGCAUUCCAACUUCCUGGAGAUUGGGUCUCGAUUGGUCAUAGCUCUCAGUGGCUCUGGUACUCAGUAUAUGCCAGCAAGCUAGUCAGUUGGAGGACAAGAAUGCUGGUGAUCUCUGAUUGGGGAAGGAGAUUCAUAUUUGGAAGGGACUCAAGCAAAAUCUGAGACUAGAAGGGACCAUAUGCUACAUUAGAGAUUUGGUUCAACCAUAAAAUUAUCUUGUCUAGACAAUAGAGGCCUAGCAAUUUUGAUCGAUAUUUAUUUGAAUUCUAAGUUUUGUUUUUCGUCUAUCACAAUUUUGUCCUUCGUGAUCCACAUAGUGAAAAUUUAUUAGUA